CACGACAGUCAAACAAACGUCCUCUUACUUUGACACUUGUUUUCUGUGUAAUCUGAUACACUUUACGUCCUUCUCUGUUGAUUAAUUGUUUCACGUCGGGGUGACACAACUGUGUGCUGCACUUUCGCUUCCGUGCCCCGUGAUUUAAUUGGCUAAACUUUAUGCCACAAUCCAACACUCCGCCUUUCUUUCUGCUCUUAUUGUGUUGCUCAACAGAAAGAGGGCCUUGUUGGAGACUGAUCUGACCAGCGGCAUACUGCAGGUCACGGGAGGACAGAGGAACAACAGGCUGCCACUGAUUUUGACAGGGAUUGAAUUCAGCAGUCAUAAUGGCAGACAAUGGGAAGACUAAUGAGAGCGAAGCUGCAGCGGAGCAGCAAGCUAAUGGAGACCAGCAGAACGUUGUGUCCCGAGUGAGCAACCUGCCCCUAGUCAGCUCAGCUUGUGAAGCGGUGUCCAGCGCCUACAGUAACACCAAGGACAGCAUGCCUUUGCUGAAGGGGGUGAUGGAUGUUGCAGAGAGUGGGGUCCGAACCCUGGGAGCAGCUGCCAGCACCGGGACCAAGCCUCUGCUGAAUAUACUGGAGCCACAGCUUGCUGUGGUAAAUGAUUACGCCAUGAUGGGACUGGAGAAGAUGGAGGAGAAGCUGCCUAUCCUUCACCAGCCAGCAGACAAGCUGGUGUCGGACACAGUGGGCAUGGUGUAUCAGUCGGUGACGGGGGCCAAAGACGCUGUGAGGGGAGCUGUGAUGGGUGGUGUCGAGCUGACCCGGGCAGCGGUCAGCGGAGGCAUCAGCACCGUCAUGGGAACCCGGAUGGGCCAGAUGGUCAGCAGCGGGGUGGGACUGGCCCUCAGCCGGUCUGAGGACUGGGUUGACCAGAACCUACCACUCAGCGAGAAGGAGCUGGCUGCUCUGGCUGAACCUGCCACAGAUGAGCUGACUGCCCCGUCACCCAGUCCCAGCUACUUUGUCCGUUUGGGUAAACUCUCUGCCAAGGUGCAGGAGCGAGCCCUAGAGCAUUCCCUCGUCCGGGCACGGCAUGCCAGGGAUGCCGCCUAUUCUUCAGUGACACAGAUUACCAGUACUCUGGAUCUGCUGGAGAGCGCUCGAGCCACUCUGGAUACUGCCAGUAACCAGCUAGGAGGAGCCUCUGAGCAGCUGCUGCAGCGCUGGAAUGAGUGGAAAGAGAGGCAGGCUGUGGAUGGACAGUCUGACCUGGAGCUGGAUGGUGCUAAAGAUCAGACUGAGCAGCUGGAAGGGCGGGCCCUCUCUAUGGUGCGCGGCCUCAGUGAUCAACUGCGGUCGGCAUGCUCCAGUGUGGUGUCCAGCGCCCAGGGUCUGCCAGGCGCGGUCCAGGAUCAGCUGGCCAGCGCAAGGCGCUCAGCUGAAGAGCUGCACACGUCCCUGAGGAACACCAACACCCUCACCCCGCUCCUCCUUGAGCAGAGUCGUCACCACCUGACCCAAGUGAAACAGUCUGUGGACGGUGUCAUGGAUUAUCUCCUGAAUAACACUCCACUCAACUGGCUGGUCGGGCCCUUUGCCCCACAGAUCACCGAGAGAGGAGAGGGAGACCAGGCAGCGGAGGAGACCGGCCCACAGAACUAGGCUUGCUGAUGCUGCUCUAUGCAGAUUGGACUGAUGUUUGGGUGGAACACCUCAAAAUACCUGCUUGCUUUAACAAAAAGAAGUUUUAAAUUUGUGUGUGGUUAUGUUUCUUUCAUAACAGGCCUACAUCAGUAAAUGAUUAUAUACUAUGCAGAUGUUUACGACAUUGGAAUAUAAAAAAGAAAACACUAAUAAUAUACUUUUUGGCAUAUUAUUACAAUUAAAUAUACAAAAAAGUAUUCACAAAGCUGUAUAUGAGUGGCUAAAAAUAAUGAAGAAUUUCUCAGACUAAGCCAAGUUUCUAUUGCCUGUACACACCUAGACUGUUUUAGCAGCUUCAGGAAUCCCCUCACACACACACACACACACACACACACACACACACACACACACACACACACACACACACACACACACACACACACACACACACACACACAUACAUACAGAGAGAGAGACAGAUAGGCAUAAUGACAUCUCAUGAGUUCAGAAUGCAUUUCAUAUUUUACAUUUACAGUGUUAAUAUCAGUAUUUGUGUUAAUGGAGAUGACAGCUGGCCAUAACAGCUCUGAGUGCGAUGUGUCAAUAAAUUUGGAGCAUCAAGCCA